CUAAGCUCAUCACCUUCUUCUCUUCCCCCUCCUCCCAAACGAUACCACGGCCCUUUUCUUCUAGUAUUAUUAAGAAUAUUCUAUCUUCAUUCACCCUUUGAAGGAAAACUCCAAUACAUCUUUUCUUUCUCAAAUAUCUUCCUCUAUCUAUUUCCGUAUCUGCUUUUUUCUUCAUCUUUGGUUAUGUUAUUGUAUACCCAAUUACCCAUACAUAGUUGAUACAUCCAAUCAUCUCUCUCAUUUCUUGGUAGAUGUAGAGAGAGCUCAAAAUCCGUAAGGCUAAACGUAUUAAAAAAAAAAGAAAGGGGAAUUUGUAGAAGAAACCAAAAAUCAUUCUAUUAAUUAUAUUUCUAGCAGUAUGUUUGCUAAGCUUCAUCAUGCCCAAAAUUUCCACCACCAACCGCCACCUCAGCCAAUAUCCACCGUAGCAGCACCACCUUCCUCCUCCGCGAACGACGGUGCCACGAUCGAAGUUGUCCGCCGUCCACGUGGCCGUCCUCCUGGUUCCAAGAAUAAACCUAAAUAUGCAACUUUCAUCAUAAAAACACGUGACGAUCAUGUGGAAAAACCCUCCAUGAGCCCUUAUAUUCUUGAAAUUCCAACUGGGGUUGAUAUAAUCGAUUCUAUUUUUCGUUUCUGCGAAAAACAAAACAUGGGUCUUUGUGUUCUCAACGGUUCCGGUACUGUUACAAAUAUAACUCUUAAGCAGCCUUCAAAUACUGCUGCUUCUACUGUUACGUUCCAUGGCGCGUUUAAUAUUCUAUCCAUUUCAGCUACAAUUGUUCCACAAAAUUUAAGUGUUCCUAAUGGGUUCAGUAUUUCGUUAGCGGGACCACAAGGUCAAGUGGUGGGUGGGGCUGUUAUUGGCCCACUUUUAUCGGCAGGGACUGUAUAUUUGAUUGCUGCUACGUUUAAUAAUCCUUGUUAUCAUAAGUUCCCGGUGGAGGAUGAGGACGGCGGUCAGUCGCCACCGGCGGCGGCGUCUGGCGGAGGAGAUAGUGGACAUCCACCAGAUCAGUCUUUUUACAGUUCUAAUCAAUUGCCAUCGGAUGUGAUAUGGGCACCUACUGCUAGACAACCACCACCACCUUACUGAUUAAUCUUGAGGAUCUAUAUAUAUAGUAGGUUUUUUUUUUGUUGGAUUGAUCACAUGGCGCUGUGAAAAAAGAAAGGACUAUGAUUUUCUUGUUUUGAUUUUGCUUAGUUUUGAUUUAUUAGUUGACUUUUGUUUUUUACGUUUAAUUAAUGUACCGGGCUAAGCAAUUUUGGUGUUUGUUUUGUGGAAGAAAGGAAAGGAGCAGUUCGACCCCAA